CAGCUCCGCCCGCCAUCCAGCAGGCGAGAAUCGCUACUACGGUAGCCGAGAGGGCUCACGUCAUCGGCGCCUUCAUCGAUAUCCUGGGCGCUCGGCUCCACCCCUGAGUAGGCGCGCCGAGCGAUCGAUGGAGCAACAGCUGACGACGCCGACAACUCCUCCUCUUCCUCGGACCGGCCAUUUCCGCACCGGCGUGAAAGGGAAACAGGACAAAAAGAUAGCACUGUUAUGAAAACAUGCCUCCAAAAUUCAAGCGCCACCUCAAUGAUGAUGAUGUUACUGGGUCAGUCAAAAGUGAGAGGAGAAACCUCCUAGAGGAAGAUUCAGAUGAAGAAGAGGACUUUUUCUUGAGAGGGCCAUCAGGUCCAAGGUUUGGACCCAAGAAUGACAAGAUCAGACAAGUUCAAAACCAGGUUGAUGAAGUUAUUGAUGUCAUGCAAGAAAAUAUCACCAAGGUGAUAGAGAGAGGAGAGCGGCUGGAUGAUUUGCAAGAUAAAUCAGAAAGCUUAUCAGAUAACGCAACAGCUUUUAGUAACAGAUCCAAACAGCUCAGAAGACAAAUGUGGUGGCGAGGCUGCAAGAUGAAGGCAAUUGUGGCUUUGGUUGCUGUUGUUGUCUUGCUAAUCAUUAUUGUUCCCAUCAUCCUCAAACACCGCACUUGACUUGGAGAUGAACGCCCUUGUAGACACCACUUCAGGAUAACAGCAAAGCUAGCAGCUGUAUGAUUUCAGUGGAAUGUAUUGUGUAUAUAGCUUUGAAGUGCAUCCUGCUCUCAAACCCCAGGGAGGCACAUGCACAGUUCCACCAAGAGCAUCCAGAGGGCCUGGCAAACAUAUGACUUUCAGUCAAGAAUUAACUAUACUGUCAAUAUCCGACCCAAAAACCUCAUUGUUGCUCUUACAAAGGAACCUAUAUGGAAUCAGAUACUUGUCAGUAUUUCAUCUGUUUUUUUAAAUAAUGUAUAUAUAAGUGAGUGUGUGUGUGUGUGUGUGUAUAUAUAUAUAUAGCAAAUUGAUAAUGUUAUUUAUAAUUUAAAUAGUUUCCUACAGCUAGUAGUGGAGGGAAGAAUUAUGGAGGGAAGAAGGAAGUGUAUAGUCUAUAUCACUGUUUAAAAAAACAUUCUUUCUUCAACUGAAUUUAAGGGAUUCUGAAGCUCUGUGUUGCUAUUAUUGCUCAAUAUUGUUCUAUAAAAGCAUUCCAGUAAAAAAACCCUAUUUUUGACUGCAAAUAUGUAGCUCUUAGUAAAUUACUAAAAUAAAGAAGCUGCUAAUUCAGUUAAGACAACUUAAGUUUUGCAAACUUUGAAACUAUAGACAAAAAAGAAUGCUCUUACUUAUACAACUGCAGGCAAAGCAAUAUGAUUUCUGCUUCAAUAGACAAAAAUGCAUUUCUUUUUUACCUUUGAAACCCACAGUUGGCCUGAGGUUCUUCAUCUAGGGCCUAGGCCUUUAGUAAUAGUUUUAGGACUCCCUGGAAUCUCUUUCUUCCAUGUUUAUUAUUUGAGCUGCUUAUUAUCCCAUUCUCUAGGAAACGUUCUUAUGCAUUACUGUGUGCAGAGGAAUGAAUAUUGCUUUCUGAGUAGGCAUGAAUUUCAGUACAGAACUACUGGCAUGAGAAAGAGAGUGCAGGAAGUUCUCAACCUGCAGCCAUUUGUUUAGUAACCAUGCAAAGUUACAGCGGCACUGAAAACAGUGACCUAUGACCAUUUUUCAUACUUACAAUCGUUGCAGCAUUCCCAUGGUCACAUGAUCAAAAUUUGGAUACUUGGCAACUGGCAUGUAUUUCUGACAGUGCCUCAAGAUUAUGUGAGUACUUUUUGCAACUUCCUGACAAGCAAAGUCAAUGGGGAAACCAGAUUCACUUAAAAGGACUACCUGUACCAUGAAAGUAUACUUCUGCAUUUAAUUUUCCAGCUUCAAGACCUAAAUAACUUUAAAUGUUUGUUGUGGCAAGGUAUCAUAUUCAUAUGGAGGUGUGAAGGAGUGUGUGUAUAUAUGUAUAUACAUAUGUGCAUUAAAAAUGUGUUUUGUAUGGUUCAUAUGUCAUUCCAUGAUACAAAAGGUUGCCAAAGCAUGGAAUAUUUUAUUGUAUUAAAGUACAAUUAAAAUAAGGUCAAUCACACAAAGCAAAGCAGUAAAAUAAUAUCAGGGAACAAAAUAAAAAUGUCUUUGCACAAUACUGGAAAACAUUGCAUCCUCUUCAAGUGAUAAUGUACCUUUUUCUAAAGCAGACAAAUUAUUUUACAUGAUUUGUAAAUCACUAUGGUAAUUAUGGAGCACAAAAUAAUGGUUUGAGACACAGAAAAAAAAAGUUCUAUAUAAUGAAUCAUUUUUCUUGUGUAAAUGGCCUGAGUAAUAUACUUCUUUUGGGAUGAUGCUUUGUGAUACUUGCAAAUCAAUGUGUAGUCUUGUAUUACUGGAGAGACUGGCUAAUUUUCUUGAUGGCUGCAUUGUAUUUCCAUAUUUUUAUCCAACUGCUCUGGAUUCUAUUCAUUCCAAAGCUUUCCUCAAGCUUUUAAAAAGAAAUUUUUUGGGUUUUCCCCCUUCAUGCUGCCAUUUAUUUUUUUUUAAAUCCUUUGUUGACCUUGGUUACACUCAUUCCUUUCAACUGAGGAAUUGUUUGACAUUGAUUGAAAAAGCUUAUUUUAAGACAACUUAUUUUUGUGUGAGGUACUAUUGCUGCUAUUGAGCCUCUUAAAUUGAUUUCCAUAUUGUUAACUUUUCCUGGUUUUCUCUCUGAACUUUUGGUAAUUUUCUAUUCCUAUAAUUUGCUAUUACUGCAUGCUUCUUUCUGAUCAUACUUUGGGGGGAGGGAUCCCCCUUAUUUCUUUUGCAUUGCUACUUUACAUUGAUAACUGCUAAAACUUUUUGUUCCUAUGCCUUCAAUCUAGUUUUCCUAAUUGUUUUCUUCUAUAUGUCCUGUCGUUUCAUUCUAUGAAUAGCAAAGAAGUCAUUCAUUUUUUUUCAACAUGUGGAGAAAAAUUACCACUGAUGGAGAAGAUUAAGGUAACUGGCAAAAUUUGGGGUUAUACUGUAUAAUUUCAGUUAUUUAAUACAGUAUGCCUUUCCUCCUCCAAAAGUUUGACAUGUUAUCACUAUCUGAUAAAACUACUGUAAUCAAGAUCCAAAAGACAGAUAUGGAAACAAAAAACAUGAACUUUCAUUAACUUGUUCAUCUGCCACAAGGAAAAGAAAUUAUUUGCAAUUACAUUAUGUGCAAGGCAGCCUUUCCAUGGGUGUAAAGUAUAAACUGACAGAAAUAUGCAUGAUAUAUUACCUAAGUAAAGAGAGCUUUUUAAGUUCUGAGAAAUAAUAUUUUGAAGAGACUCAGGCAAAUUAUUUGGGAAAUAAAAGGGAGGAGAGGAGAAGCACAAUCAGGUUUGCAAGGUUCUGUUAUUAUAGCCUAUCUCAAUAAAGUAUAGUUCUGCUCUC